UCAUCUCAUGGCUAUAAAGCAGAUGUUGGCACUCCCUUAGCAAUAAAACACACCAGUAAAGCAACACCAAUAGUUUCUCUCCUUGCACCCUUGACCCAAAAGCUGCCCUGUAUAAUACAAAGUGUCAAGGCUACCAUGUUUUCCCUCCUUGCUCCUGUAAUCAGAGUGGCUGUGACUUCUCUGCCUGUUGCCUCUCAACAAGUUGUUGAUCUGAAUCAUCCAUAUGUUUUGUGUGCUGCUAUUAACAGCUGCCCUACUCAAAAUAAUAAAUACCAUGAAACCUGAUUUUGCCGAACUCCAACAAACCGAUCUCUGAAGAUUUUUCAAGUGUACGUGCUAAAGGGAAAUUUGCAAGGGUAGAAGCAGCCUGAACUCCUGCUGCUGGUCAGCAAACCCCACAAGCACCUUCCAGAACAGAAAACAGUGAGGCCGCUGUACACACUGCAGUACCAUUAAAUAACACCCCCAAAUCUGAACUGCACAGCAUGAACUGGUAAAGUCCAAACAAACGCGUGCAGCUCUGUCACCACACUUUUUCUCUGGGCUGCCCGAGCACCGAAAAAUACACUAAAAUACCUCUUGCUGCUGUGCCCUUCGCAGAUUUGAGCUGAUGGAAUGCAGACUGGUUCCCAGUUUGCCCACAGGCUUCUCGUGAAGGCGCAGAUGCUGUGAUGCCCGGGUAAGGGCGUGGGACCAGCACCGAGCAGCAGCACCCGGAGUUCUUGUGAGGUCUGGGAGCCCCAGCAGCACCUGGACUCACCCUGUUUGCAUUAAUAUACAUUUAAAUGAGCAUAUCCUAUGUUCCCUGCUGCUCUUCACAGCAGGAAGGGAAUUUCUUAAUCGCCUGAAUUUAGCUUGGAAGCAAUUUAUGGUUUAAUUUCCCCCCCCCACCCCGCUCCAAAGGAAGAGCUGCCAACAAGGAGGCGGCUCUACCGGGCACCGCGGGGGCAUCCCCGCUGAACACUGUGAUAAAACCAAAACAACGGUGGUAGGAAGCUGCCGGGGCGGGAGGGGCAGCCCGAGCCCUCCCGCAGGUGAAGGGAACCGGCCCGAGCCCGCAGAUCGGCCCCGCUGCCGCCCGUUGGGAUUCAAACGGAGGAGCGGCGGGAACAGCCCGCCCCGGCCGCCAUGGAGCCGGCGGCAGCGCAGCAGGAGCCCGGGGUGGACCGGAGGCUGAGCGGCACCGGUGCCGUGAAACCGCGGAUCAGCCUGAGCGGGGAGCUGGAACUGAAAACCACCUUGCGGGAGCUGGUCGUGUACGUGGUGUUCCUGACGGACCUCUGUCUGUUGACGUUUGGCAUGGUGAGCACGGACAUGUACUACCUGAACAAGGUCAUGUCCCGUGUCUUCCUGGAGCCCUCCUUGUCCAACGGCACCGUGAGCGGUUUCGAAAGCAUCAGGAGCAGAGCUGAUUUCUGGAGGUUUGCAGAAGGACGGCUGCUGGAUGGACUCUACUGGGACAAACAGUAUAGCAACAGGACAUUAACCCUCCAGGACAACAACAGUCAUAUUUACUAUGAGAAUUUGCUGUUAGGAGUAGCCCAGAUUCGCCAGCUGAAAGUACGCAACAACACUUGCUCCAUAUACCUGUAUUUCCAUAAUUUAUUAGAAGACUGUUACAGUAAAUAUCGUUACCAAGCUGAAGACAAGUCUGACUUUGGUCCAAGGAACGGAUCUGAAUGGAAGUACGCCUCAGCCUCCUCCUCGCUGUCCCCGUGGUACUGGGGAUGUAGGGGCUUUUACAGCAGCGGAGGAUAUAUAUUCACCUUACCGAAAUCCAAGCAGGAGAGCAUUGAGAAGCUGGUGUUUCUCAGGCAGAACAACUGGAUCACUAGAGGAACCAGGGUUGUAUUUAUCGACUUCUCAACAUAUAAUGCCAACAUAAACCUCUUCUGUAUAGUCAGGUUGGUGGUGGAGUUCCCUGCCACCGGGGGUGCGUACACCUCCUCACACAUCUACUCUGUGAAGCUCCUCAGAUACGUCACGUAUUAUGAUUACUUCCUGGCUUCUUGUGAAGUCGCCUUUUGCCUCUUUAUCAUUACAUUCAUAGUCCAGGAAGCUGUAAAAAUGGUAAAACUGAAAAAGGAAUAUUUCCAAAGUGCCUGGAACUGCCUGGAUUUGGUGCUGCUGGUGGUAUCCAUCCUUGCCAUUGCCUUCAACAUCUACCGCACCAUAAAAGUGUCGAUGCUCAUGAAGAAGCUGCUCUCUGAUGCCAAGGAGUAUCCAGACUUCUAUUUCCUUGCAUACUGGCAAGUGCUUUACAACAACAUGAUCGCUAUCAACAUUUUCUUUGCUUGGAUAAAGAUAUUUAAAUAUAUAAGCUUUAACAGAACCAUGACGCAACUGUCUUCCACUUUGUCUCGCUGUGCCAAAGACAUCAUUGGAUUUGCCGUCAUGUUCUUCAUAAUUUUCUUUGCCUAUGCCCAGUUUGGCUAUCUGGUUUUCGGGGCGCAAGUUAAAGAGUUUUCCACUUUCCCAAACUGCAUCUUUACACAGUUUCGUAUUGUGCUGGGAGAUUUUAAUUUUGAAACCACAGAAGCAGCAAACAGGAUCCUUGGACCUAUUUACUUCAUCACAUUUGUAUUCUUUGUGUUCUUCGUAUUGCUGAACAUGUUUUUGGCAAUUAUAAAUGAAACCUACUCAGAAGUCAAAGCAGACUUUGAAGUGAUACCCAGUCAGGAAUUUCAGCUCAGAGACCUCUUUAGAGAGAGUUACAACAAGACCCUUGUCAAGCUCAGGCUGAAGAAACCAGAGGUGGAUACGCAUCCAGCAGCCAAGAGCUUGGAAAGGACAAACAAGGACAUUUCUCAGCUUUCCGAUGGAGACAGUACUAAGAAAGAGAAAUAUGGGAAGGUAUCAAAACCGCAGGAAGAAAAUCCUCGUGAGCAGUAUCGAGCUGCUGAGGACGCAGACGCAGUCACAGCUCAGAGCUACGUCUCCAUGGAAGAAUUUCAGAAGCUCUUCAGGUAUACAGCUGAGUUGGGGAAGGAAUUAAAUAACAUUAAUGCGAAAAUCAGGAGACUUACGAAAAUCGUUCAAAAACUGCAGGAUGCUUCGGGCAAGAUGGAACAGUAAAAUGCAGGACAGGAGCUCAUCUGGUCACCAUUUCCCCACCCGCCCCCCCUCCGCUUUAUUUUUUUCUAUUUCUGGAUAAGAGAAACAGGAAUGUUAAUAAAGGUAAAUACCAUUGUUUCUUCUGGGUUGUUUCUUUGAGAAUAUCAGGUGCUGCUUUAACUCUGAGAACUGGGUGGAAUCUCUACAAACACCUGAACGACAUGUAUUCCUCUGCCUUGUUUUGGGGCUGCUGUGAGACACGGACCUGUAACUGAGAGCAGAUCACGAGCAGCAGCAGCGUCCUGGGCCUGCUCCUCACCCUGCUCUCCAUCCACAGCCCUCACCCUCCGAGCACGGUCCAGCACCCGGGUCCGCAGCCGUCACCUCGCCGACCGCUCGCUUCUGCCAGGGCAUCUGCUGCUGAAGUUAACGCUUAUUCCUCAGCAAUUCUCAUUCCAGGCACUCAUUGCUUCCAAAGCAGGUUACUGUUGCCUUUAGAGGAAAACAAACAAACAAAACAAUUACUCUUCUAAGAAAAGAAACCCCAAACGUUGAUUGUGACCAGGCAUUCACAGCCGGAGCCACUGGAGGGAGCUUUGCUCCUCCCUUGCACCAGCCACAAUUCCCAGAAUAUCCUUUUAUUCCUAUACCUGUUUAUACCCAGGUGUUACGUUCAAGCCAGAAGCUAUCUGCUCCUAUGUAGUCGUUAAUAUUUAUUCUUUGCUGGGCCUCAGCCACAGGAAGAAAUAAAACACGUGCCCAAAUGCCACCUGAACAUCCCGGUCAAACAUGGGGCCAGCACCCAGCUGCAUCACCCCACCUGCACCUCGCAGUCCCUGCCUGGGGAGCUUCUGCUGCUGGACACCUCAGCUCAUGCAUGACAUGCAGCCCCCAAAGUAUUCCAAAACUUGUAUAAAUCCUGCAAAAAGUUAUAAUACUGUAAAGCCGUAUGUCCCACAGAGUACUAUCGAGCUACUGCCUGGGCUCUGGUCUCUCUGCAUCUAAUCACGCUGUGGAGUCGUGGAGAGGGGAGCAGGGACCCAGAAAGAGACAGUUGAGCCCAGCAGCACAACGUACCCAUGCUCUGGUUUGAGGGUUGGGUUCACUGACUUUGCACCUCAGUCUCCUGGCCAAGCCAAGACAUCCACUCUCUUCUAAAAUGGACCAGUUUACAAUAAAACCAGCUCUUCUUCCUUUCCCAAGGGCUCCUGUCGCUACGCAGCAACCCAGGACUCGUCUCCCUGAAAACAGAGGUCACUGAACAUCUGAUUAUCUCAAUUUCUCAAUAGCUAACAUGCAAGGAAGGAAAUGUAUCGCACCUUUGGCAUCUCCAGCAUUUCCUCCUCCUGGGAACCCCUCUUGUACAAAGACCUCCCAAAACCUUCAGCCACAGUUACUCACCCUGAACUCCCCAGAAGAGUCUUCAAGCACUGCUCAUCCUCCUCUACUCUUCCGGGGCAUGGGAAACCCUCUUUAUAGCCUGCCUCACAGGCUCCUUGUCACGUUAACAGCUUGAGCAAACCUGUGUCAAGAGGUAAAGCUUGGAAUACUAUAGAUGUGUUAUCUCAGAAUGGGUUCUUCAGCAAGGAGGAUCUUGUCCCAGGAUCACUGAGCUUUGUGCAUCCUGAAAAAUCUGUUUCUCCUCCAUUUUGGCUAAUGGUGUUCAACACAGGGUUAUUUUCCUUCAUUAGCAUCUUCUUAGUUCAUUGCUUUGUAGCACAUGGAGUUUAAACAGUUCACAACAAGCAGGUUAUUGGAGGGACUUUUGUCUUCUCAUCAGCAUCUUCAUCAAGUUUUGUUGAAUAAAUAAUGCUGAGGAAAAAUGGAGGAUGAAAGAAUAGAUUUGUAAUAACCUUGUUCACUCUUCAAGCCAGUGUCCUAAGAACUUGUGCUUUCUCUUUCCCCCCCAUCUUCAGAGGAAAGACGGGAUCAGAGGGAGGGCUAUUCCGUCCCACCCUACGGAAGGAACCGCAGGCUGCCUGCUGCCUCCUCUCCCUCAACUUCCCACUUGUCUUCCUUGUUCCCAUUUACCUGCCCUGACAUCCACAAGCAGAGUCUUCACUUUCAGUUCUUCUGUCUCCUGCCAGGCCUUAAGCUGAAGAAAGGUGGAUUUACACAAAACAUAACAGAGAAGUCAGUGUGCAAGACCUCAAUCACUUUCCAGAUGAACUUACACCAACAGACUACCAAAAAAAAAUAUCUAUUUGGUCCAGAAGAAGAGCAUCCUCUUGGGUUUACAGAACUGCAUGUAAUAAGAGUGUAUUCUGGCCACUAACACAGCAGUAACUGCUGUGAUACUCGUUUUAAGGCUGAGAAAUCAUCAUGGAUAUAGACCCAACCAAACGCUGCCCAUCAGCUGAAGGUGUAUUCAUCGGCAGUGAGUGAUUAGCCCAGCAGUGGCUGGAGCAGCUCUGCCCCACGACCACCCAGCGCUGCUGCUGGAGCAAGAACGAGCGAGACUCGGGGUCCGUUCCCGCGGCAGCGCACAGAGCAGCAGAGCCCACAUCACAGCGCCAGCCCAGCCGUCCGCCCAGGAGCCGAUUCCGUCACUUUUCUGCUGUCAGACAGUGUGAACAGGUACGAUAAGGCUCAAAGUGCUGCAGCCUCCUCGAGGGCUCUGCUGGCAGGCGGCGGAACCCCGACCUGUCUCAGCAACACCCUGAAACUGCAAAUACGUACACAACAGUGAAGGACUCGGCCCUUGUUUUUUAAGAGAUGGCAGUGGAGGAGAAAGC